AUGUGGAACCCACAUGCGGGGGAAAACGACGUCAUUUCACGUGACUGCCUUCGGCUCUCAUGUUGUGCAGACAGCCAGGAGUGCGUGGAUGCGGUGAAUGCCGUGAGAAGUGCCGAGGACCUGAAUCUAGCUUUAUUCACUGCAGCAAAAACUGAAGAAGACGAAGUAGAAGAAAAGAGCGCAGCCGAAGCUACGGCAUACGAGAAUGCCCUGUACGCGCUGACCUGUGAACAAAUCAACAAAUCAACGAUCGAGCCGGUAGCAAGUGAUGUGCAAUGGUUCAAUUUCUUGUCAGGUCGGGGCCAAGUACACGCUAAUCUACUAUUCCAAACAAGGUGGAACAGUGAUGAAGCCGUCACAUUCUGGCAAACUGGACUUGAGCAACUGGGGUCAGUCAACGUCCCCUAA